GUUUUUCAUGCUGAAGAAGUGAUAUUAUUUAACAGAGGGCUUUUCAUCUACUGGUUUUUUGUAAUAUUCCGGAUUUCGGAACACUGCAGUUCCGGAAUACUGUUUAUAUGUACUUUUUAGCCAAAAUUAAACGAUUAAAUGGCUAAAGAUUUAAACGAAAUAAGAAGGGAACUAGCUGAUCUUGUAAAACGCCGCACCGAACUUGCAGAAACGCUUAGCGCCCUUGAGCAGCAAAUUUACAACUUCGAAGGCUCAUACUUAGAGGAAACAGCCGACUACGGAAAUGUUGUAAAAGGCUGGGAUCGAUUAACACUGGUUGCACCACCGUCAAAAAAUAGUUUGAAAUUAGAUAAAAAAGGUGCAAGGAAAGGUAUGCGCGAAUCAGAACGCUUAUUUUCCAGUUCUUCAGUUACAUCACCAGCAUCAUUAAGUCGUAGCACUAUUCAGCAACCGAUACAUGAAGAGAGUCCAAAUAACAGUCCAAGGCAUUUACCGGGUAGAGAUGUUCCAUCGAAGAGAAGUGGUAGCAAAAAGAAGUCACCAAAAUGAUUGGAAAUGCGUGUGAGAAUCGCAGUUUCUUCCUUUGUUUUAUACUUAUGGCAUUGUUCAGUUUCAAACCCUGAUCUCUAAUUUACUAUCUUAAUCAUAAAUUUAGGGUUUGGUCCUUUUUCUUAGAUGGGAAUAAGGUUUUUUUUCAAUAUAAAUUGCUAACCUUUUGAAUGGACGGCAGUCGUAACUGAUAUCGUAAAUGGAAAUUUUUGCAAUAUUGAGUUAUAGCUGUAUGCGUAUUUAUGUGUUUUUGUGUUUAAUUGUAUGAAAAAUAAAAAU